UUCGCCUGUCAGCCGCGGUACAGCGUGUGGGAUUGACCUCGCGUAACAUCCAGCCUCUGUACAGGUGGAGCCGGGCUCACUUCACCUAAUCCAGCGUUUCCACUCAUUUAGGGAGGAUUGUGGUGCACUAAAUCCACUCGGAGAACAGACAUGGUCUUCCUGACGUUGUCCUGCUGGAUCAGAAGCCGUGGACCCGACAGAUACUGGAAAGUUCAAGAGCUCCUCAAACAUGCACGGCACUUCAGAGGCAGAAAGAACCGCUGCUACAGUCUGGCUGUGAAGGCGGUCAGGAGAGCUUUCGUCUACGCCACUAAAGCCAGGAGACUCAAGAAACGCAACAUGAGAACGCUCUGGAUCACACGUAUCGCAGCAGCGACACGAGAGCACGGCAUGAAGUACCCCGCCCUAAUGCACAACCUCACCAAGAGCAGCGUUCAUCUCAACCGCCGUGUUAUCAGUGAUCUGGCCGUCACAGAACCUCGGACGUUCCUCUCCCUCGCGAAGCUGGCGAGAGCUCGGCAACAGGAAGGCUUCCGGGUGGCGUUGGGUGACGGCAAAGAGCCGGCUGGUGUCUUCUCCCGUGUUGUUUUGCUCCAGUAAAGGACUUGGCACAGUUACAGAUUUCCAGUUGUUAUGUGGUUUAAAGGACAGUGGUCUUGGAUUGUGGAUUGUGCUUCACAAUUGUCGCUUACUCUAGUUAUUUUUCAAAUAAGAUAAAUUUAGUUAAAUGAUUUAGUUUAUUUUUCUGAUAUUUGAUCACUACACCAGGGUUGCCUCAUGCUUAAGACCCACAUAAAUGACCCUGUUAGACAGUAGGGUCUCCGUAUGUUAUGUGGGUUGCUUUGUGAAAAAGUGUUGACUCAUGGCGAGGAAUUACUUGGACUGCCGGGCCCGUGUCUGUUACCGGCACCAAACAAAUGGACCUGGGUAUAUAAUGGAGUCUCACAUGGGUUAGCCCCACACUGGUCUUCAGUGCCAAAGAGAAAUGUUCCUUGUUAGGAGGAUUUUAAACAGAGCAAUGUCUCUGAAGAGGAAAGGGAUGUAACACCUUACUCAAGGACACUCCAGCAGGACAGAUGAUUUCUCUUGCAGGACCUUGAUCCCCGACCUUGAAGGACCGUUUCUCUACUCACUGUUACCCUGAACCCACAUAAAUAUAACUAAUUUAUGAGUUUUUCUGCCAAUGCUGACAACAGGCAACUCUUAAAUGCUGUGGUAAAUUCUGACCCAUUUCAGGUAUAUUUGCACUCUUAAGUCAUCACAAAGACAUAAUCUUAAUCCAAGAUGGCAGCUGACAUUAAACAGCAUAGCAAUUGUUAGUCCACAGACCUGCUUCAGCUCCAUUCACUGUUUUCAACCCAACGUCUUUGUCGUGUGCCAGAGAUAUCUGGCUGCUGUGUUGUGUUAAGUACUCAACCACAGCCCUCCUGAUUACCUCCAGUAUCAUGAUAGAGGAUGUGAUUAUCAGUGUCCUUAAAUGUCCCUCUGUACAUCAUAUGCAACCUUUUGAUAACUUAUGAUUUGAUGCUGUUGAAUUAUGGGUUUUGUUGGGGGGUUGGGAAGAAGAAGAAAUGACCUCAAACUUUAUCAUGUAACGAUUUUUGUCUGUGUGUGAAUAUAUAUUUGAUCCUCUGUUCUCUCAAUGUUAAGUUCAUUAAACAUUUUGAUAUA